AUGAAUAUCUUUGUUUAAGAGGAAUUAGAGAACAGUUAAUAGUUGAGCAGUCAAUCAAUAGUUAAAUCGAACUCUUACGUAUACAAUUAGAUGGUAAAAAUAAAUAAUGGGUUGAAAACAUAUGCUUUGUCCUCAAUUUUACUUAAUUAAAAUCAUGAUCCAGAAAAUCUGAUGAUAUCAGAAUUAACAUUUCGAUCACUCUCCAACGAUGUUGAUUCGAAGAUACUUCAGGAGUUUUAAAUUAGAAGACAUAUUAUUGAGCCUCAUCAAAUAUAGAUAGUACAGUCAUCUCUUUUUAAACCCAACAAAUAAGCCUGUUAGAUCUGUUUUAAUGAACUCAAUAACAUUGCCAUAAUUGAAUAAUGCAAUCACCAAUUUUGCCAAAAAUGUAUUACCUUAUAUUUAUACAAUAAAAUAAUAUCUGGCGAAGUGCACAAGAUCACAUGUCCAUAAGUUGGCUGUUCUAUUGUUUUGAGUGAUCAGUAGAUUAAAUAAAAUAUCAAUCAAGAUGUUUAUCUGAAAUAUUAGAGGUAAUUCCUAUUAAUUAAACAAUAUGAGCAUGUUGUGAAUGGGAAGUGGUGUCCCAGACCUGAUUGUUUUAAUUUUGUUUUUCAAUAAGGAUCAGAAAAACUACUAUAAUGUGUUUGUGGAUAGUAAUUUUGUUUUGAUUGCGGGAAUCCAAAUCAUCCAAAUAAGACUUGCCAAGAAAGUGUGGAUCAAGUAUUUGCUUAGGCAUUGCAAGAUUAUAAAAUAUAAAAAUGUCCAAAUUGCAAAGCCAACAUACUCAAAAAUGGUGGCUGUAAUCAUAUGACCUGUACUAAAUGUCAUUAUGACUUUUGUUGGCUCUGUGGAUGCAGGUAUUCAUCCAUUCAUUAUGAUUGGAUGAAUCCAUGUAAUUGUCCUGGAGAAUAAUAUUAAGAAAGAGAUCCGUACUCAUAUCCCAAAAUUUUAAUAUUCAUUAGAGCAAUACUGAAACUUGUAAUUUAUGUACUACUAUCACCAAUAUUGGUAAUUGCAGGAAUAGGAAUGCUUGCCUACGGACUUGGAUACUUGUUAUCAAAAACUUGUCAUCUCUGUAGAUGCCUCAAAAGAUGUUGCUAGACUUUGUGUAAUUGA